AUGUCCGUUCUCCGUCAUGGGGGGUCCUACCUCCAGCGACGCCUCACCAAGAUGUAUACCGACACCAAAACAUCUUGUGAGAGCGUCACCACCGCCUCCAAGGCCGUCGACGACCCCGAGCUCGUCACCCUCCACCGCAGCUUCAGAACCCAGAGAGAUCGGCUGUUGGCAUGGGGCCUCGAUUGGAGCGACGCUAGUGCAGCACAGCCCAACGAUAUCGACGAGUCGCUGACCCAGGCCGGCUUCAGCGACGUCGUUGCCAGCGUCAUGUCGUCAAUUCAAGAGCUCCUCAACGAAGCUGAACGUUUGCAGCACACAGGAACCUCCGAUAUCCUGCCGCCCAAAGGCGGCCGCGCCGACCCUCCGUCGAAGGAUGCGAAAGACGCCCUGAGCCGCCUCCCGGUCAAGACACACUGGACAAACGAGGAUAUCAAUCGAUCGAAGACCCUUCUCUCCGACCUGACCUCCUGCAUUGAUACGCUCUACGACCUGUCUCGCUCUCGGCGCAACAUGGCCGCCAGUGGACAGUCUGGCUGGUCGCGGCAAUACUCUGCCUCCCAAACCCCGACCGCGGACUCCAAAUCCUACCACGGUCCGUCCUACGAUUCGAAGCAGAUGUAUGCGAGCCCUAUUUCGAAGCAGGACCCGUUCGAGUAUUCGCCGUACCCCCAUCACAAUCUCGAGAAGCCAAGGCUUGAGAACCCCUACGCCCCGGCGCCUGUGUCUUCGCAAAAUUACCUCAUUGAUCGCUCGGCGCUGCAGCUCUCCGGGGCAUCGCACGACAACAGCCCCCCGCCGUACGAAAUGGUCGCCGCUUCCACCAAUUCCCGCGCCAUCGGUCGCAUCAAGACCUCGGCAUCUCCAUUUUUGCGUGGUUCCAAAGACUCGACGGCGACAAUUCUCGUUGAAUUCACACCCAUGAUCCUAGAGUCGUCGGGCGCGGUCGCGGUACCCAGUAACAAGCGUCUCGAUCACGUCAACCAGACUCUUGAUCAGCUUGUGCAGAAUGCGCGAGUUUCUCAUCUGGGACUGUUGAAAUUUCUUGGUUACUAUAUUGACAUGCCUAAUUCCCGUUAUGCUAUCAUCUACCAAUUGCCGAUGGACUACUUUCCUUUUCUGCGCAAUCCCACCGAUUUAUUGCAAGGCUUGAAGCCGAAGCCCUUGGUGUCUCUGUUCCAGACCAAAGAAGACAACCAAAUCCCCAACCUCGAAACGCGAUUCCGCUUGGCUUACGAUCUUUUGAUGGCUGUGCUUCAAUUAAGGAGCCAGAACCUUGUGCACGGAAACAUCAACAGCAGCAAUGUUCUUAUCUUCCCUGGACUAACAAACGCGAACAACGACGAAGUCAGCCUUACCGAAAACCUCCAGCGCCCUUACCUGACGUCGUUCGCCCAAUUCUCUGGUAAUGGGUCUUCGCCCGAGCCUCUGUCGUCAAGUAUGUAUCGUCAUCCCGACGAUAAGCGGUCGCUCGAGGACGAUGCCGCCUGGGCUUACGAUCUCUACUCGCUGGGGUUGGUCUUGAUGGAAAUUGGAUUGUGGGCGCCUGUGAGCCGCCUGUGGAAGAUGAAGUACAACAACUCCAUGUUCAAGCAGAGGAUCGAGAACGUUUACCUGCAAAAGCUGGCCCCCAAGUGUGGUAGUGCCUACCUUCAUGUGGUGCAGCUAUGUCUAGAUGCGCCAAACUUCCACCUCUCCACGCAGCCUUUCGACGACCUAAACCUGCGGGUGCCCCAAACCUUCCAUUACCCCGUCCUCGAUCUCUCCGAGCCCCACAGCAUCUUUUCGUUCUCGAUGAAUUUCAUUUACACCAUGUCCAAAAUUGCCUGGUCUUGCUGCAGAAUCGACCUGUUUUCGGCGCCGAAUGCCGACGAGUUGGACGAUUGCCUGCCCCUUGCUCUUGUCCCUCGACCCGACGUGCAUGAUUCGAAAGCGGCGAUGACAGAAUAUGAGCCUGUGCAUACGCAAUCCGUUCCUGUUGCCGAGCCAUUUCCGAUACUGCCUCAUGCGGACAUGAAGGCUCUACGAGGGAAAAUGGGUCUCGACGAGCCACAAACCCGCAAGCGAACGUUCAAGAAGCUCACCAACGUCGAAAUUCCACAGGAACAUUUGAAUGUGUGGAAUUUCCAGAUGCUCCCUCGACUGCGGAAGCUCCUCCAGAAGAUCUUGAAAGACUCCUCCGAAUCAUGCGGUGUCACUCUCAUGAUGACUGGCGAUGCGGCGGAGAAUGCUCGAACCACGAUCUGCGUGACUUGUGCGAGCGCAAAGAAGGUCCGGGCGGCGCUGAAGAAAUACUUCCCGCUUGAGAGCGAGGAUUGGGAUCUUCUCGUGCUCCGGGGCGACAUCCAACGGUCCAAAGUCCCGCGGAAGAAGCGCCGCAGGCCGGCGAAGACGGGACCGGAAAGAGCAGACCCCCAUGCCUCCUCCUACCAAGACCCGAAUCCUUGUCACCAGCAACGGCCUCUGUGCGGCGCAUCCAUGGGUGCAUUCAUGAAUGAAGAGCAUCUGCCUCCGGUGACUUACGGUGGCGCCAUACUAGUCGAUGGCAUGCCGUAUGGGAUGACCGUUCACCACAUGCUUGAAGCACCUAGUGAUCAGGAGGAUGAGGAGCAAGAUUCUGGGGGCCCUUUACGAUCAGCUGGAAACUGGCCGCAACAGUCAGGUCCGCAAGAUGCGGAGUUCAUGUAUAGCUGGUGUGAUGAUGACGGGUCGUCGGAUGUCGAUCUUGAGUUUCAAAUCUCGGAAGACGAGGAUGGAGACGGACAUUCCUUGGAUGGGAACUACGAAGAGUUCUGCCUGUCUGAAGGCUAUUCCUCAGACGAGGACGCAUUCAAUAUUGACGAUGACGAAUACGAAGAUGAGGAUGCGGCAUCAAUCGGUGAUACGGCGGGUAUCGAGCCUGGAGAUGAACCCCCUUUAUUUGUCACGCAGCCCGCGAUCGACGAUGUUCGGGAGGAUUUCUUUCCAUCCCCCGAAGACCGCGACGAUGAACACCUGGCUUCCCACUCUUUUGGGUUCGUCCAUGCCUCAUCUGGUGUCCGACGCUGGACGCGGAAAGGCAUCAAACACGAGAUUGAUUGGGCAUUAAUCAAAAUCAACGACGAUCGGAUCGAUGUCCGCAAUAUUGUUUACGAUAAAGCAUCGUCAACCAGGCCAAACGCAUCCAGACGACGAUACGGAGACCGCAGUCCACUUCCGCAAGGCGAAGUCAUCUAUCUCAAUGACAUUGCACGCCUCGAAGAUAUCAGCGGUUUGAAUGUGCACUGCUGCGGUCGAACGAGUGGCCUGCAAACGGGACAGAUCUCAAGAGCAAUGACGAUCGUCAAGCUACAUGGCCGCCAGACCUUCUCGACGAGCUUUUGCGUGGAUGGGAAUUUUGGGGUCCCCGGCGAUUCAGGCGCUUGGGUCUUCGAGCGGUCGACCGGUCGUGUCUGUGGCCACGUUCUAGCUUGGUCCGACAAAAGCCACACGGCCUACAUCGCUCCCAUGGAAGUCCUCCUCGAGGACAUCGCGCGCACCCUCAACGCAUCCUACGUCGCCCUCCCAGGGGGUCCGGAUGGGUCGCUUGCAUACGCCAUGCCUCACUCCAACACCCUCGAGCCCCAGAAUCCGCGUUACCGCAAUCCCCUUCCACUCCCCGAUCAGAUCCCUGUUGACAUCGGCCGACUCCGCAUCGACGAUCCCAGCAUGGGGCCCGUCAACACCAGUCGUGGCCUACGAGAAGUCUCCACCCCGUACCGGGGCAUGCCGCCUAUCUUGACACAGCCUCGCAGUUUGGAAAGACAAAUUGCUUGA